AUGGCUUCUGCUGGCCUCCAGGUUGUGGGCAUGGUCCUGUCAUUGCUGGGCUGGAUAGCAACCCUCGUGUCCUGUGCCAUGCCCAUGUGGAAAAUCUCAGCCUUCAUUGGCAGCAGCAUCGUAGUGGCCCAGGUGAUAUGGGAAGGCCUGUGGAUGUCCUGUGUGGUGCAGAGCACUGGCCAGAUGCAGUGCAAGGUGUACGAUUCCAUGCUAGCCCUGCCUUCUGACACACAAGCAGCUAGAGCUCUCACGGUUGUCUCUCUGCUGCUGGGCCUGGUAGGCCUGCUGGUCUACCUUGCUGGAGCGAAGUGUACCACAUGUGUAGAAGAUGAGGAUGCCAAAGAUCGUCUUGUACUGACUUCAGGGAUCAUUUUCCUUCUGUCAGGAAUCCUGAUCUUGAUCCCUGUAUGCUGGACUGCUCAUGCGAUUAUCAGAAACUUCUACAACCCCCUGGUGAUGGAGUCUCAGAAACGGGAGUUGGGGCCCAGCCUGUAUGUUGGCUGGGCAGCCGCAGCUCUUUUUCUGCUAGGUGGGGGGUUACUGUGCUGCACUUGUCCCAAAAAUAGCUCAAGGGGCACAGGCCAUUAUGUGGCUCGGUAUUCUGCUUCUGCCCCUCCUCCAGGGGGCUCCAGAGGUCCUUCUGAGUACCAGGCCAAGAAUUACGUAUAA